AGGCGUCGUGGUAGGCUGGCUGUGUAGCAGAGGAGAAGGAGCGGCAGGAACGAGCGAGCAGAGCAGUCAUGUCGAGCUUGGUUGACAGGGCGAAGGAGUUCGUGGCGGGCAAGAUCGCGCAGAUUCCCAAGCCGGAAGCCUCCCUCACGGGCGUGUCCGUCAAGAGCCUGAGCCGCGACUCGGCCCUCUUCCACAGCGACGUCUCCGUCUCCAACCCCUACUCCCACUCCCUCCCCAUCUGCGAGAUCUCCUACACCCUCAAGAGCGCCGGCCGGGUGGUAGCGUCGGGGACGAUGCCGGACCCGGGGUCGCUGCCGGCGAGUGUGGUGACGAAGCUGGAGGUGCCGGUGAAGGUGCCCUACAACUUCCUGGUAAGCUUGGUGAGGGACAUCGGGCGGGACUGGGACAUCGACUACGAGCUGCAGGUCGGCCUCACCAUCGACCUCCCCAUCGUCGGCGACUUCACCAUCCCCCUCUCCACCAAGGGCGAGAUGAAGCUACCCACCCUCUCCGACAUCUUCUGAGCACCUCCUAUUCCUGCGUUACUGCGUUAGUUUCUUGUCUGCAAUAUGGAUUAGGACAGUGUUAUCAUGCUUCCUUCACGGUGUUCUACGUGAACUCGAAUCAAAGAUGCUCCCAAGUCAUCUCAGAUAUGUAAUUUCCGUGACAGGCAGAAAUAAUGGUCAGAUAUGUACCGGGAUGCAACUUGAAUGCGUCAUGAUCUACAGAGUUAUCCUACCUGGAGAUACUGAAACAUUUCC